AUGGAUUCCAGACACAACGUUAUUGAUUUGGUUGGUAACACACCUUUGAUUGAAUUAAAAAAACUACCAAAACAUUAUGGCAUUAGGCCAAAAGUUUUCGCUAAAUUAGAACUGUACAACCCAGGUGGCUCUAUCAAGGACAGAAUCGCUAAGUCCAUGGUUGAGUAUGCCGAAUCAACAGGUUUGAUCCAUCCUUCUAGAUCAACUUUAAUCGAACCAACUUCCGGUAACACUGGUAUUGGUUUGGCUUUGAUUGGUGCUAUUAAAGGCUACAGAACUAUCAUCACUUUGCCAGAAAAGAUGUCCAAUGAAAAGGUUUCUGUCUUAAAGGCUCUGGGCGCUGAAAUCAUCAGAACCCCCACUGAGGCUGCUUGGGAUGCGCCAGAGUCGCAUAUCGGUGUUGCUAAGAAGUUGGAAAAAGAAAUUCCAGGUGCUAUCAUUCUAGAUCAAUACAACAACUUGAGAAACCCAGAAGCUCAUUACUUUGGUACUGGUAGAGAAAUCCACCACCAAUUAAGAGAUAUUAACAGAUUCGACUCUUUAAGAGCUGUGGUCGCUGGUGCUGGUACUGGUGGUACCAUUUCAGGUAUUGCUAAAUACAUCAAAGAACAAAACUCAGAUAUUCAAAUAGUCGGUGCUGAUCCAAUCGGUUCCAUUUUGGCUCUUCCAGAAGCUUUGAACAAAACCGAUAUCACUUCUUACAAGGUUGAAGGUAUUGGUUACGAUUUCAUUCCAAGCGUCUUAGACAGAUCUUUAAUCGACACAUGGUACAAGACUGACGAUAAGCCAGCUUUCAUCUACGCUAGACAAUUGAUCUCCAACGAAGGUGUCUUGAUUGGUGGCUCCUCUGGUUCCGCAUUCACUGCCUUAGUUAAAUACUGUGAGGACCACCCAGAAUUAACUGAAGAUGACACUGUUGUUGUUGUUUUCCCAGAUUCGAUCAGAUCAUACUUAACCAAAUUCGUCGAUGAUGAAUGGUUAAAGAAGAACGAUCUAUGGGAUGACGCUGUUUUAUUACGUGUCGACAGAGACCAACCAAAGAACGAUGUUUUCAACGGUGCUGCCGUUAAGGACUUACAUUUGAAGCCUGUUGUUGCUGUUAAGGAAACUACGUCGGUUUCUGAUGUCAUCGCUGUUUUGAGAGAUAACGCUUUCGACCAAGUUCCCGUUUUGACGGCCGAUAACAAAUUAGCUGGUUUAGUUACCUUAUCUAGUUUAUUAAAGAAAUUAUCUGACGGGUCUGUCUCUAAGACCGACUCCAUCAAGAACUCUUUCUUAAACUUCAACAAAUUAAACAACUUCGAUGAAGUUUCCUCUUACAACGAAAACAAAUCUGGUAAGAAGAAGUUCGUCAAGUUCUCCACUGAAACUAAAUUAUCUGAAUUAAACCAAUUCUUUGAAAAGAAUUCAUCCGCUAUUAUCACCGACGGUUUAACUCCAGUCCACAUUGUCACAAAGAUGGAUCUUCUAGCUUACCUAACUCAAAUGUUAUAA